AUGAGUGAAUUUUGGCACAAACUGGGCUGCUGUGUGGUAGAGAAGCCCCAGCCGAAGAAGAGGAGGAGACGGAUUGACCGAACCAUGAUUGGGGAACCAAUGAAUUUCGUCCACCUGACUCAUAUUGGCUCUGGGGAGAUGGGGGCCGGAGAUGGACUUGCCAUGACAGGUGCAGUUCAGGAGCAGAUGAGAUCCAAGGGAAACCGAGACAGGCCGUGGAGCAAUUCUAGGGGCUUGUAGCUCCAGUAGAAACGGUUCUGCCGUCUCGAAGUCCCCACUCUUGUGUCCAGCCCAGAAGAUAUGCUGCCCCUUCCAGAUCCCUCCUAGAACCAGUGACUCCAGGGUCCCUUUUUUUCCCUAUAUGUGUAACAGUGCCUCAGAACGCUUGGGGGCUGGACUCCCUCAAUUCCCUCUGGCGAUAGCCCCUCCUGGAGAUGGGGUCAAGGCAGCAGGACUGACCAAGUGACUACUGGUUGGCCAGAGGAUCUCAGCUAAAGCCCUGGACACCCUCAGAUCUGAGAUAGGAGUUCUCUGAGAACCUGGGAUGAGUUCUAGUCUCCUGGAUGAUGGUCUUGGGUGCCAGCUGUUUUUAAACUCUUAACCUGGAACUCCUUAAAUGGGGAUAGGGGGUUGAGAUUAACAAAGCUGAGGGCAGCUUUGCUAAGAAGCCCCUACCUCUCUACACUUCCCUUUUUCCCUCCUGUAGUGAACUGAAGCAGAUACCAGGCAGAGACUGAAAGGGUGACUGCUGUUCAGUCUGUUUUUCCUCUUCAGAUUUCAGACCUUAAGCUCACAGUCCCUCAAUAUCUCUCUGCCAAUACCAGGGUCUUUCUCUAGUUAGGCCUCUAACCUUGUAUUUCUGUAGCAUUACUAGCUCCCCAGCAACUCUUUUUAAUUAAUUAAGAAAUUAAUUUA